UUUUGCGCAUGUCAUCAGGUUGUGUUCCGGUUCAGCAGAUGCUGAAUGUUGAGAAAAUGCAUGUGCACUGAAAGCCAUUGUGGUUUAUUGUACUACGUUUGGAUAUAAAUGACAAACUCUCCACACAGAAUGUCUCGACUACUCUGUGUUGCAUUGAUGAUAAUUUGUGUCACGAAACUAAAUACUGAGGCUACCACAACUGUGACCAGCUGUUCUAAGGAGGAUUUGAAGUAUGAGUAUACAACAUGUGAUGAUAAUGGAGGUCGAUGGAAAGUGGAAGUACCCAUAGAACCUGGGAAAUGUUCUAUUACAAGUCCCAAAGCUCCUGUAAGGGGCAAAAGUUGUGAUUUUACCUGCCAACCUGGCCAGUACCUUGACAUGGAGACAGAGGAAUGCAAGCCAUGUGGGGCAGGGACAUACUCCCUGGGGGGUGGGGAGAGGUUUGAAGAGUGGGAACAGUUGCCCUCUGGAUUCAAGGUCUCUACCGAGACGUUUCAGUCCUUCUUCCAAACUGAUGACCAGAAUACAAAUUGUAACAUGUCGAUAUGGACCCCCCGGGGUAACUACAUCAGCUGUCUCCCCCAGGGCUGCACCUCCGCCCUCACCUACUCCGUUACUCUGGUCAGGGCCGGGUACGUCGUGUUUGAGUAUCAGUUCCCCAGCAGCUCAGACACAAUGUUCCAUUUCAUCGUACAAAACAGCCAGUGUCAGUCCUAUGGUAGUAAGGGAGGAUCCCAGUUCCCAGAUGAUACAGGGGAAGGAAAAUGGGGAAAAGUCAAGGUACACCUGACCUCGGGAUCCAAUGUCCUAAUAUGGAAGGCCCUUUCUCUGGUGUCCGAGUCGUCAUCAGAGAGCAACAGACGGAAACCAGUGUUAAUUAGAAAGGUGGAAAUUCAUGGAGUGGCUUUUACAUCAGAAUGCACCAAGUGUAAGAACGGGACGUUUAGCAGUGAGGGAGCGGUGUCUUGCUCUACGUGUGAGAGGAACACUUUUUCACUGAAGGGCCAGCAAAGUUGUACACAGUGUGACUCAAAGUCAGAGUACUCAGAGCCAGGGGCCAGUGUCUGUUUAAAAAGACCGGCUUGUACUAAGAAGGAUUACUAUGAGGUCCAGGAUGUAUGUGAUAGUAAUAAAAAGACAAGGAAGCUAUACAAGUGGUUUGAGCCCCAGAUUUGCCGGACAGACAUGACAGGGGCUGUGAAACUGCCUGGGCCCAGUGAGCCUGAGGACUGUCCCCCAUGUAACCCGGGCAUGCACUUUGUGGAGGGGAAGGGCUGCCAGUUCUGCCCGGACAACAUGUUCUCUGACGGGGCCAAGAGUUGCCAGCCCUGCCCCGCCUCUACCUCCCCAAACAUUAAUUUGGAGUACCGCUGGUGGAACCAAAUGCCAGCCAACAUGUCCGCCAACUGUCUCACGUUCGCUGACACAGACUGUUCCACCAAUGCCUCCUGGGUCCUGGCAGGAGAUCAUAUUCACACUCAGUUUGGACGCAGCAGAGACGCCUAUCUCGUCCUCAUUUUUAAAAUUGAUGGUUUUAGAGGGCAAGAGAGUGAGAAUAAGGACAUCACUAUAGGGACAGUGGAAUUCCAGUUUGAGACCACCUGUGCUGGGAACUGUGAACUGCUCUUCCUUUCUGAUGAAUUUGGAUCCAGUGGUAUUGUGAAAUCUUGGACUGCUGGGCAGAAGAAGCAGGAAUACAGACAUGAAAUCAAGAGUAUACAGCCUUUAGUCCUGACCUGGGCUUUCCAGGGAUCUGGGGAAACGGAAGCUGAGGAUGUGGCCCGUAUCUUCAGUGUCAAGGUUACAAACACCCUGUCAGGCGGGGCCACGGACUGUCAGAACUGUAUGAGAGGGGUGAAGGAUAACCAGUGUAUACCCUGUCCAGCUGGUCACUAUGUGGACCCCAACACCACCAACUGUCACCCCUGUCCUAAUAAUGAGGUUAUCAGGUCAAGGUUAGCCUGGGGGGAGGACUCUUGUGUCAAAUGCGGACCAGGGUUGUUGGCCAAGGAAGGAACCAUGUGUGUGUCUGAUUGCAUAUACACAGACGAUGCCAACAGAAAGUAUGACUUCACAGCUCUAAAAAGCCCAAAGUUUGUGAAGGGAGCUAACCUGUUCACUGGUAGUGGUACUGGAUAUUAUCAUGGAUUUAACAUAUCGCUGUGUGCUGAAGAAAAAACCAAGGCUUUCUGCCAGAGUAAUAUGACGGAGUCCAAGAUGACUGGUGAGAAACCUGUUCACUCCAUGGUGUGCAGGUCAGCCAUUGUGCCCACCAAGGAGGCCCACAUUGUGUCCACACAGCCAGUCAGCAUUGGAGAUUACCUGACAAAGAUCCUGACCAAUCAAAGCCAUGAUUCUGAGCUCCACAAGCUGUACGAACAAGGAGGAGUUCCUACAGAAGGCAUGGAAAGACAUGUUCAUUUCUUCUAUAAGACAGAUGAGAAAACCCAGGCGUGUGUCAAGGGAAGGGAGACCAUCAUUUCACUACAGUGUGACCUAACACAGGAAGGAGACGGGGAGAUUGAAGUCCCCCCUAAAUGUCCGGACGGAACCUGUGACGGCUGCAUGUUCCACUUCCUGUGGCACAGUGACCGGGCAUGUCCUCAGUGUCAGGAAGAGGACAUCCAGAUCAUUGUGGGGGAGUGUGCUGACGAACUACAGACUGUCCACUACAGCUACCCCAAAUAUUGCAAACCAAAGAAGGGAAUGAAAAGUCAAGAACAGAGGAAAUGCAGAUUGAAAUUAGCUGCUCUUCCAUUCAUUCUGAAGGUGGCCAUCCCAUCCAUUGUAGGGAUUGGUGUGAUUCUGUUCCUGUGUGUCAUCUACUGCUGGAUGAGGAACCGCAAACUAGAGUACAAGUACAUGAAGCUGGCCGAGGGGUCGGGACCUAACUACGAUGGAGAACUCCCGGGGGUCGACUCCUGCGGUCUGGAGGAUGGGGAGGAUGAACAGUUUGAUACCGUCUCAUUCAAGGAGACCAAGAAGAAGGGGCUCUUCAGUAAACUGAGGGGCAAGAAGUACAAGUCCCAUGAUGAUAAUCCAUUUGAAACAUCCCACACUGAGAAGCUACCACUCACGUAAAGGUGCUCCUCAUUCUCAACGCAUUCCAACUGUAGGGGAUCACAAAGCUUGCCAUAAAAUAAGGAUUGUACACAAACAUGAAUUUCCAACUAUUGUGUUUCAAAAGUCUCCAGGUUUACAUCGCGUCAUGUACCUAUUACAUUUGUAUAUGACAAAAUCUGUUUGCUAGAAAACAACAUUCUCUUUUUCAGCAUUAUCUUAUUCUGCUCAGCUUCAUUGUUGUCUUAUCUUUAUUUUAAAAUUGCUUCCUGGCAAUGUAUUUUUCUCUUACAGUGUAUUUAGAUUUCCACCACUUUGAUAAAAACCAUGUAUAAAAAUGCUAAGUUAUUUACAAUUUUGUACAAUCAUUCAUGUGACGCAUUGAUGAGUUUAACAAAGAUCUGCUACAUAUGUCUGUAUUCAUUCCAGUUUCUUUGUGGCAUCAAAUAUUCUAUUCCACUCGUUACAUUCCUUCUGUCUGUUUAUUGUGUUGUCAAAGAUAACUGACCUUUGUAAAAAUGAAUGUAAAAUGAUUUUUGUGGGUUUUUUUUUUACAAUAGGUCCACACGUACACGGCCCAAACCAAUUUAAAGAAAACAUAAUUUUCCUGAAAUAUUUCAAAAUUAGCAUUCUUUUAAUUUUUCUUUGGCUUGACCUCUCUUCAACACACAUUACAAAGUUUAAUGGUGCUGUAAUUACUUUGAUUUUAUGGUCUAUACCUCGAAGUUCCUUUUAUGUAUGUGAAAAAGCAUUUACAGUUUAUUUUGAAGAUUUCUAUAUAUUUUCACUUAAUAAGUGCAAUACUAAUUUUUGGUCAUUAAUAAGCUAGUUGCUUGGUAGCAAAAUAUAUUUUUUUCCUGACUCUUACUUUUAUCGUAUUUCUCAAAUGAAUAAAAGAAUUAUAAUUAAGAUGGCAAGAAAAAAGAAAUAUUUGCAAGGGAAACAACUUUUAAAAGUUUGUUUUCUUUGAUAUUGGACCAAUACCAUCAUAGUUAUUCAUGAUCAAGAGAUAGUAAGUAGAGGUCUUUCCUGUGCUUUUUCGUUUUAUUAUAAAGACUUUCUUUUGAUUUCAUUCAUUUUUUUUUUAAUGAAAACUUGUUUUGAGGAGACUUAUUAAUGAAGAACUAGAUCUGUUAUUGUUUUAUACAACGUUAGUUUCUUUCAUUUGAAAUUUAUUAUUUAAUGGCAUUACCAUGUUCUGUACCUCGUUGCUAAAAAGUAGCUAUUUACAUUAGUUGUCCCAUAUGAAUCUGAUUGAAAUCCACUCUUUUUAAAAGAGCUUCAAUGUUAUGUUGUUCAGUAAUUCUUUUUCUUUAGUUUUUAUAUACUUAUAUAUAUAUAUAUAUAUAUUAUUAGUUGGUUUGUUUCUUGUUGUGACUUGGUCUCGGCUGUAGUUCAGUGUUGUUGUGGCUUUGUACAGGCGUACACAAAGUCUAGUUUUUGUUUCCAUAGUUUGUCCAUUUUUAUGGAAAUGGUUGUGGGUUUAUCAUUAUGGUACUGCAUUCUAAUUUGUGAAACUUUUUGAAAUUCACCUAUUUAUUUUGUAUGUUUUACUAGAGUUAAAUUAUCAAUUAGAUACAAGGGUAUUUACAAGUAUGUACAUUUAUUGUAAUUAUAUCUUUCAUUGUCUAUGUAUUUAAUGACUUCUCAGCAUAACAUCUGCAUUUAUUUUGAAUGCCAUACCCAAUGGACAAAAUUUACAGAUUAUUAGACCCCCCCCCCUUACUCCUUCCACAGCUUACUAUCAUUUCCUUCUGUUUUGAGGCAUAAUAUAUGUAUCUCCUAAUGUCUAUCUCCCACUCGAGUCUUGAUCUGUGCAAUAUAGGUGUCAACGUGUGUCCAUUUAUGAUGCAUAUGUGAUGAUGAUAUUUCAAAAGUUUUCUAUAUUUUGACUAAGACUUGCAAUGAUAGAGAAUAUUCUCCAUGGCCAUGAGAGAGAAUGGUUCGCUGUACAUACUGGUAUCAAUGAAAAGUUGUCACAUUUUUUUGUUCUUUCUUUUUUAAUGAAGUAUAUAUAUAAUAUUUAAUUAAAAAAUUGAACUAA